UCGCGCCAAAUUCACAACAUCUAAAAUGGCGAAUACAAAUGUUGAUUACGAUAGAAACGAUUUACCAGUCCUGCUGCCGAUUUAUUAUAAAAAACUGUUUCCUUAUGGACCGUUUUACAGGUGGCUGAAUUAUGGAGGAGUUCCAAAGACUUAUUUUUGUCAUCGCGAGUUCUCCUUCACGUUGAAAGAUGAUGUGUAUAUUCGUUAUCAGUCGUUUCCCGAUCAGCACGAUAUGGAAAAGGAAAUCCAGAAAGCUUGCCCUUAUAAAAUAGAUAUUGGAGCUGUAUUCAGUCAUAAGCCCAAAGAUCAUAAGAUGGUGAAAGGUACUUCAUUUCAAGCAUUAGAAAAAGAACUGGUAUUUGAUAUUGAUAUGACUGACUAUGAUGAUGUUAGGAAAUGUUGUUCUGGUGCUGAUAUCUGUGGUAAUUGUUGGCCAUUGAUGACAAUAGCAAUCAAAAUACUGGACAAAACACUUGAAGAGGAUUUUGGAUUUGAUCAUCGAUUAUUUGUUUACUCUGGUCGCCGUGGUAUCCAUUGUUGGAUUGCUGAUGAGACUGCUAGGAAGCUUUCCCAGAAUGCAAGAACUGCCAUUGCUGAGUAUCUGAGUCUAGUCAAGGGUGGUGAGAACCAAAUUAAGAAAAUUACGCUACAUGAUCCUUUGCAUCCAUCUAUUGUGAGAGCUUUGUCUGUGGUUCAUGCACAUUUUGAAGAUUUGGCUUUGGAUAAACAAGAUAUACUGGGUUGCAAGGAAUCAUGGGAUAAAGUCCUGGCACUUGUACCUGAUGAAGCGUUACGAGAACAGUUAGGUAAAGAUAUGACUAAAGGUGAAAAUUCCAAGCAAAGGUGGGCAUUACUAAAAGGAAGGGUGAAGAAAGAAGUUGAAAAAGGUGGUAGCCGUAAAUCUCAACUCUGUAUCCAAGAAAUCAUGUUCCAAUAUUGCUACCCACGGCUAGACGUCAACGUCAGUAAAGGGGUCAACCAUUUACUUAAAAGUCCUUUCUGCAUUCAUCCCAAAACCGGCCGAGUAUGCGUUCCUAUCGAUGCUGAGCAUGCUGAGAAGUUUGACCCAACAAAAGUGCCAAGCAUCAGUCAACUUUGCCAUGAAUUGGACAAUGCAAUGGAUACACCUGAAACUGAUGAACCUGCUGCAAAGAGGAGACGAGAUUAUAAGAAGACUAGUCUACACACCUCAGUUAAAAUAUUUGACAAUUUUUUGGACAAACUGGAAAAAUCAUGGAAAGGAAAAUUGAUACAACAAAGUGAUAUGAAAAAAGAAUUCUAAUGAUUUAAUAUUUCAACAUUCAUUAUCGAUAUGCAUAUAUAAUAUUCAUAAGGCC